CACACCAUUCUUUAGCCUGCAACCGACGAACUUUCUAGAAACUAUCCUUCUCAAUUUCCUUAGCCUAGUGCUUCGCAUACCGCCUUCAUUUCUAAGCUCAACUUCAUCUUUCAAAAUGGUGGUUCAAUUCAAGGUCUUCAAGAAAGCCGCCCCCAAUGGCAAGCUGACCAUCUACUUGGGACGCCGUGAUUUCGUCGACCAUGUGUCGUCCGUCGAUCCCGUUGAUGGCGUCUUGGUCGUCGACAGCAGCUACCUGCAGGGAAGGAGAGUCUUUGGCCAGCUGGUGUGCAGCUUCCGUUAUGGCCGCGAGGAGGACGAGGUCAUGGGCCUCUGCUUCCAGAAGGACCUGUUUCUGGCCAGCCAGCAGAUCUACCCUCCCAAGAGUGAUGGUGAGGCUACCAAGCUGCAGGAGCGCCUCAUCAAAAAGCUGGGUGGUAACGCCUACCCCUUCACCUUCAAGAUGCCUGAGCAGGCGCCUCCUUCCAUCACCAUCCAACCCGGCAAGGAUGACGAGGGGCGCCCCUGUGGUGUUGAGUACUACGUCAAGGUUUACGUUGGAGAGAACGAAGAAGAUCGCAGUCAUAAGAGAUCCACCAUCCAACUGAACAUCCGCCGAAUCCAGUUCGCCCCCAGCAAGACCGGCCGCCAGCCCUGCACCGUCGUCCGGAAGGACUUCAUGCUGAGCCCCGGAGAGCUGGAGCUGGAGGUCACCCUGGACAAGCAGCUCUACUACCACGACGAGAAGAUCAACAUCAACAUGACCAUCAGGAACCACAGCAACAAGACCGUGAAGAAAAUCAAGGCCGCUGUCCAGCAAAUCGUGGAUAUUUGCCUGUUCAGUGGCGGACAGUACCGCAGCACCGUCUCCAGCGUCGAGACCCAGGAGGGAUGCCCCAUCUCGCCUGGCUCGGCCCUGCAAAAGGUGCUCCAGCUAACCCCAACGCUUACCUCCAACAUGGAUCGUAGGGGCGUCGCUCUUGACGGUCACUUGAAGAACAUCCACACUAAUUUGGCUUCUUCUACGCUUCUCGCCAACCCAGAGAAUCGUGACAUCUUCGGAAUGGUGGUCUCCUACACUGUCAAAGUGAAGCUCUACCUCGGUGCCAUGGGCGGUGAGGUUACAGCCGAGCUGCCCUUCGUCCUCAUGCAUCCUAAGCCUGACUUACGUCGUAUGAUGCGCGCCGACAGCCAAGCACAGGUUGAGGCCUUCCGCUCCGAGAGCAUGGGCGUCUCCGUCGACCAGGACUAGAUACAACAGGAGACAUAUCACCAUUCCAGACGAGCAACUCAAGAAGAAGAAGAUCUGUUCAUCAAGCGCCACCUCAGAAACUACCAGGAAACCAGAUUCGGCAACAAGAUUUUUUUUUAAAUCGAUUCGUUAGGUCUAAAAGACGAGUUCAAUAAUCAUGCUAUUUAUUAGCGUUUUCUAAAAAAAAAAUAAUCUAGAAUAAAAUACAAUCUAUUGUUCUUGAAGAAGUACCGCCUUGUGACGACAAUUAGCGUUAAAAGAUACAUUCACUUAUAGGCUUAUGAACUAAGUGCUCGUUAAAACAACUUAUAUAUCAAAAACGUCUUAGGCCUAUGAUUUGUACUUGCGAAUCUUGUCUUGUUCACAGUAUUUAUCCAUUUGAUUUGUGUGUUUUAGAGGAAAAGUGCCAAAGAUAAUUACAUAAUUUUUCACAUUUUACAUACAGAACUCCGCGGGACUUCAAAUUUUCAGGUUCAGUAUACCUUUAGAGAGAGCACCUAGUCUGAGCCAUCCCUUAGCUAAACCUAGACUCAUGCAUGCUAGUUGAAAACCCCACCAUCCCCCCACCCCUUGAUAUAUCUUCCAAGAAAGAGCGAUCCAGUGCUAAAGAAUAUACAUUUUUGUUUUGUUUUGUGAAAGCAAAAUGAAAGUGCAGCCUAUAUGGGACUAUUGUGGAAACGAAAACGAAAGAUGCUGGAAGAGGAAUCCAGCGUUUUUCCGGCUGAAUGGACCAUUGAAUUGAAAUCGUGCAAUUGUGCAGAAAGCGGCCUUUUUUAGGUGCGCCAAUGAUUACAGCAAAGUGCAGAAAAUCCAACUGGGUAAUCUAUAAGUGUUUUGAAAGAAAGACUAUGCGUCUGUUAAGCUUUGUAAUUGGUAAUUAUGGAUUUAUUGGAUCUUAAUUAUUUCAGUUUUGACUUGAAUCCUACCUAGUUUGAAAUCUUAACUAAGAAACGCCAUAUUGUCUUCAUUUGAUUUUUUGUUCUACGCUUGUUUUUGCCUCAUUAUGUUUAUAAUUACUACUAUACUUAUUGGUCAACUGUCUAUUCCAAUUAUGCAGAAUCAUUAGGCAAUAAAUGAGAAUAAAUCUAA